AUGGUCCCGGCUCUGACAGAUCCUACCGCGGCAUACCUGGCCGCGCCUACAAAAGCUCCCAAUCUGGUUGCUCCGGAACCCGAACACUGCCCCGGACCCGAAUCAGAGCAAGCAGGCCAGGGCGAUGCGUGCGCCGGGUGCCCCAACCAGACCAUCUGCGCCUCGGCGCCCAAGGGACCAGAUCCAGAUAUCCCGCUCAUCACUGCCCGUCUCUCGCAAGUAAAACACAAAAUCCUCGUUCUGUCCGGGAAGGGAGGGGUCGGCAAGUCGACAUUCUCAACGCUACUCGCCCACGCUUUUGCGUCAAACCCCGAAUCGACCGUGUAUGUGUGCGACACCGAUAUCAGCGGGCCCUCGGUGCCCAAGAUGAUGGGCGUAGAAGCCGAGACUAUCCACGUUAGCAAUGCGGGUUGGAGCCCUGUGUGGGUGACGGACAACCUGGGCGCAAUGAGUAUCCAGUUCAUGCUACCGAACCGAGACGACGCGGUUAUCUGGCGAGGCCCCAAGAAGAACGGGCUUAUCAAGCAGUUCUUGAAAGAUGUCGAAUGGGGCGAGGCCGACUAUUUGAUUGUGGACACUCCUCCGGGCACGUCCGAUGAGCACUUGUCGGUCAAUUCACUCCUCAAGGAGUCCGGGGUGGAUGGCGCAGUGGUCGUGACAACGCCGCAAGAAGUGUCAUUGCUGGACGUGAGGAAAGAAAUCGAUUUCUGCAAAAAGGCUGGAAUACGAGUUCUCGGUUUGGUGGAGAAUAUGUCGGGAUUCGUUUGCAGCAACUGCAAGACCACAUCGCAUAUUUUCCGACCAACGACGGGUGGAGGCCGACGGUUGGCUAGGAAGAUGGGGAUCCCCUUUUUGGGCUCUGUGCCUCUAGACCCUCGAGUGGGUAUGGCAUGCGAUUAUGGAGAGAGCUUUCUGGAAAGUUACCCUGACAGUCCCGCAUCCAAGGCAAUUCAGGGUGUUGUUCGGGCAGUCAGCGAACAGAUUGGGGAAGAUCCGGAAAAGGUCUUACCGUCGGAACUUUGA